CUGUCAAAAGUCAGUCGCACCUAGUCUCUGAACACGAGGUUAGGGACUGAAAACAACCAUGCAGUCGUUCUCUAGAAGAAGAAGAGAUACAGAAUGGGUCCGCACGACGAUGCGUACCCCGGGGAUAUUGAUCUUCGGAAUAGUGAUGGCUCCCUGCGGAUGGGUUCUGAGUCUCGUCACUACUGUGGCCCCAAAUUGGAGAACUCUUCAAGGUUUCACCAAUCUUCCACCUAAUCGGGUCUAUGAGCAAGGGAUCUUUGACGUCUGCAUCGCCGCCACAGCCAGUGAAAGACAGCAGUGUGGUCAAACGGACACCACUUACUUCUCGAACAACAUCAUUCAGAUUUCUAAGGGUUUGAUGUUGGGCUCCCUCAUUGUGAAUCUGGUGGGGAUUGCUUUCGCUAUCCCGGGGUUGCGCUGCUGGAAAAACCAACCUCACUGGGCGCUCUGCACCGUGGCCGGCGUUCUUAUCUUCUGCGCAGGCGUACUGACCCUCAUCCCUGUCUCCUGGUACACUCACAUCAUCAAAGACAUCGCUACAGACACCGCGCGGAUAGACAUCCGCGUCGGCUACUGUAUCGUACUGGGCUUCAUCGGUGGAAUAUUUGAAGUCUUGGGCGGCAUCGUUAUGGCCCUCGGUUGCUGCCGCUGCUGUGGGGGGAGGAACCGCGGAGAGAGGCCGAUUGAAGAUGUCAUCGGCCCCAGGAGCCAACCGAAAAGGGACCCGAGACGCGUGGAGGUGCCGAGCCUGAGCCGACCCGCGAGUAGCGUCGCCAGCAGCUAUCCGGCCUCAAACAGGGACUCCGUCGAUGAUGACAUAGAUGUGUCCUUCCCCAGGGCCAAGAGCACCGGGGCCCGCUCAGGAGUCAGCAACCCCUCCUUCACCGGCAGACCCUACGAUGCUGAUCUAUGAGACCCAUUUGAGUUAGGGAAAUAAGUCAGAGACUUGUUAUAAAACGGGGGAAAUGACAAAAUAGGGAACAUAAAAUGAAGAGUAUUGUAGUUUUUAAAUAGGCAACGUAUCAAAUAUAAAAGUUACAUUUGAACAAAAAAAGAGUAUGUCUAGCAUCAAUCCCUUAUUAAUGAAGAAAGCAUUUUUGUAAAUGCUGCUGUCUAUGAUCUUCUCAGCUUUUGUACUUCUGUUUUAUGUAAAUACUGUGUUCUUAUGCACUUUAUAAAAGGCAGUCUCUGUUGAAAGAAGCUUGGAUAAUGUGUUGCCAUUUGUUCUGAAUGUCUAUUAAAUGUGCACUCUGCUUCCUUA